AAAGAGUCACGCAACUGCUGGGAAUACGAGACGACACGAGGAAAUGACGUGGUGCGGUGCUGGCUGAAUACUUUACUAUCGCACACGCAGAUUGAUUGGCAGUUGCAUUAGUUUUGAAGUCAACUCGAGAAAGCUUGUGUCGAUUCAAGGCAAAAUAUUUCGGACAGUUCCAAUUAUAAAUCGACCGCUGGGUAAGCGAUGAAGCAUCAACAGGUGGUUCCGGAUUAUUCCGCGAUGGUGCAAACCUCCGGCACGGUGCUGUGUUUGGUAUUUUCCGGUUGGGUUCUUUUCAGGCUAGUGCAAGCGAUUUUUUGGUUACCGGGAUAUUUGGAGCAAUCCCAGGGUAAAUUGUAUGACAAAAUAGAAAGGAAGGAUACAGCGCAAAAACCUUCCAACAAGAACGCCAAGGCCAAGGACUCCGACGCUGAGGAUAACGAUGACGACGAUUUGGAGAAAAGUGAAGAAAAAGGCAAUGGCGACGCGAAUGAACCGGAGAAGACGGGAAACAAAAAAGAAAACUAGAAAUCACUUUCUGAUUGGUCAUAUUACUCUCUUUAUUUACACAAGAAAGUGCUGGUUUCUUUCUAAUAGCUACUCGAUCCACUAAAACAGUACACACUAUAAUAGUCAGGCCUCAACAACUAGAUUCCACUUCUCUCUAUGUCUACGUGUCUUUGCUGGGUUUUGAAUCUAUUUCUAAAUUUGAAUCACGAAUUAAAAUAAACUAUCGUCAGAAAAUGUUUCCUAUAAUUGCUAAACCAGCGAUUUGCGCCGCUGCUGAGUUUGGAAUACAAACGCACAAAAAGCUAAAAUCCUUAAUCGAUAUAGGGUAACAACACAAUUCGAACAGCAUCGAAACGGAAAUUGGAACACAAAUGCAAAUGAAAUGAAAUUCAGUUCUCAGGAGAGGAACGAACAAUACUUAACACAG